CAACUUCAAGGGCUGUGACAGGCACGAGCUGGGGGCUGAGAGCAAGCUUUCAAAUCCUAGAGAGGUGUGAAGCGGCCCAGGCCCCAGGGCCUGUGUCCCCAGAAGGUGGCGCCGGCUUUGAAUAGUGCUGUGGCCAGGACACAGCGUCCCCAUCAAGCUUGCAUUCUGCUCAGGGGAAGAAGACAACAAGCAGUAUAAUAAGGACAUACAGUAGACUCGAUGGUGUAGAAAUGAAGAGGAGGGUGAGGGACGUUAACAUUUUACUCGGCAGAAGCGGGAGGACUGAAGGAGCGAUUCCUGGUUGUCUGGGGCGACACAGUUGCGGUGAGCUCGAGAAUGAAGACCUGGUUUGCUUCAGAGACAUCAGACCAGCGGUGCCUCAUCAUUACCUCGUGGUGCCAAGGAAGCACAUCCGAAGCUGCAGAGAGCUCCAGAGAGACCACUCGGGAUUGGUUGAGAGCAUGGUAACUGCUGGAAAAGCCAUCCUUGAAAAGAACAAUGUCACAGACUUCACAGAUGUGAGGAUGGGUUUCCACGUACCGCCCUUUUCAUCCAUCUCCCACCUGCACCUCCACGUCCUGGCGCCAGUCAGCCAGCUUGGCUUCCUCUCCAGGUUGGUUUACAGAGUGAAUUCUUACUGGUUCAUCACGGCUGAUUAUUUGAUCGAAAAACUAAGAACAUGAAAAUGCAGCUGUGGAAGGUUUUCCUAAUCUUGGCUCAGUAUAAACUAAUGUUUUGGAUCUUGUGAAGUCUAAUUGUAGUUUUAAGGUUUGGGGCUUUCGUAGAAGGCUGCUGCAGGGUGGCCUUGACCUUGUGUGGAUGUCGUUUGCUGGCAUCUGUGGUACCAUUACAUAAGUGUCUGUCUGCACUGCUUUGUUUUAAUGGUUUUCUUAAGAUUUCAAUUGUAAGAACGUCUAGGUAAAAUUCCACUUAAAACAGAUUCUGUUAAGAUGGGUGUUAUGUUUUCUAAAGGUUCAAAUAAUUUCAUUUCUCACUAAUUUAUAAAGAGUAAACUGAUACAGAAAGUAGAUUAUUGGAACCUUUUCUACUGUUAAGGAGAAAAGGAAAUUCAGUUAUUUCUUGGUAGUUUAUAGUUUUGCACAUAAAUUUUCAAAAUAGUAUCAUACUAUACUGUCGUUUCUGACCUUGCUGAUGGGAAGAAAUUACAUAUGUGUCCCUUUUUACUUAAAUUUUGAUACUGGUUUCCACCUCUUAGAGCCUAGCAUCUUUUCGGUUUGC